AGGUGUCAUAGACCAUCGCCAAUAACGCCAUUUGCAUGUCACCACCUCUGCGGGCGUAUCAUAAUCCAUCAGCUUCUUUCAAUUCUUUUGACGUGGAAGCAUAUGGUAUUAGCUAGGACGGUAUUUAUAUCCGGGCUUAUAUCGUAUAAAGGUCUGGUCGCCGCGAGGAAGCAAGCUUGUUGCAAACGUUUCCUUACGAAUCUCAGUACCGCUUUCCCACGAAUGACAUCGAGAAACAAGGUAGCGCCAACUCCAAGGCUGCGAGCGCUGAGGUGCUAUCGCCUGACGACAUCGCUGCCCCAUUGCCAAAUUCCAGCUCUAUAACGACGGCCCAGAUCCUCUUAAGCGUCGAUUGAAACAGCGACAUGUACAGAUGAUCGCCGUAAGUCCACUUAUCGAUGAUCAUCAUGUUCCUUGUUUGAGGGAAUU